AGGUGCUCUCAGAGUCUACGGAGCAGAAUUUGAUGCCGUUUUCCCUCGCAGGGCUGGGGCAAGGUCACUGAGUAGCAGAAACUGAUGGUCUGCAGACACGUGCAGCGUCGUAUGGCGAGUACAGCGCGAUUCUGGUGCAGCACCCAAAAUUUCUAGUGCGUUUAUGUACGCUAGGCUGUCUCAGCUUUGCCCAGCACGUAAGUGGCCGAUUUGCGAGCAAAACGCGCAAUAAAACACGUUGCCGCAUCGGUGUGAACUACUGGCGUCGAGCGCUGCGUUAUUGGCGCAGCCGUAAGGCCCCCCGCACUCAUACACAAAAAGCUGCGAUUUGAGGCCCACGUCCGCGCGCGGGAUACUCUAGCUCGACAGCGUCAAAAACAUGAGGCUACCAACACAGCUGCUCCUGCUAGCGGCCACAACAACCGCGGCCCCCUACGCCGACCUAACGUACGACGCGAUGCGAUCCGAAAUAAUCGCUCUAGCCAGGGAGCAGCCGCGCUUCGUGCGGCUCUUUACGGGGCGCGAGGCCUACGGCGACCUCGCGAACGUCGUCGGCGGCCGCUGCUCGGCGAAGCACGCCUGCGAGCAUUUCGUGCUGGUGCUGACGGAGUUCGCCUCGCUCCCGCCGCACCAGGCCGGCGCGGGCCGCGCCGCGGACGAGGGCCGGCGCGAGGAUGCGGUCGAGCAGCGCCGGCCGACGAACACGUCCUCGAGGGCCGAGGUCUUCCUGAGCGGCGCUUUGCAUGGCGACGAGCGCGUCGGGCCGCUCGCGACGCUCGCCACUAUUAAGUUAAUAGCGCGCGCGAGCGCGUGCCACGCCGACAAGCACAGCGCCGAAAAUUGCCCCCACCUGACGCCGGGCGAGCGGGCGAGCUUCGGCCAAGGUACAUUGGCAGCCAAACGGCUGGCCUGGCUCUCUCAUUUAUCCAGGACAAGGAUCGUCUACGCGCUGCCGGCCACGAACCCCUGGGGCUUUGCCAAUCACAAGAGAACGGAGGUUAGAAUAGAUACGAACCGCGACUUCGCCAUCGACACGGCGCCAUCCGCUUGUGCUCAGUCUGCUACGGGCCGUGUGGUCAACGAACUCUUCAGAAGACAUAUAUUUCAAGUCGGCAUCACGUUCCACGGCGGCAUGGAGGCCAUCGCGUACGAGUGGGGCGCGCCGACGUACAACCAAGCUCGGAGGUUCCAUUCGCAUGGGAGGCGGUUGCGCAUGGCGCCUCCUAGAGAUCUAGCACCGGACGACGCGUCGCAAGUCGCUAUCAGUGGAGCGAUGGCCCUGGUGGCGGGCGAGGGCUUAGGCAUACGAGCCUACCGAAAAUCGAGGAUGAACUCGAUCGUGUACCCGGUCCACGGCGGCAUGGAGGACUGGGCGUAUGCCGCGUCGUGGGACCCAGCUUUAUCGGUAAAAGGCGGCUGCAGCGUCAAGGGCUAUGGUCGAGAGCGGACGGCGUCCUAUGACGACGCGUCGAACCGCUGUUCGAUGUUAUUGGUCGAGACGUCUAAUGCUAAAGCGGGGCCUCCUUCUCUCUUUGGUUCUGAGGAUAAGCUGUUCGACAUGGGGCCCGGGCACGUGACGCGGAACGUGCGAUUGGCGCUCGUCGCGGUCGACGUCGUGGAGCCCUACGCGGCGUGGCGGGAUUCUACGGAAGAAGGCUGCAUUCAUAGGGCGUCAUCGACAGAUCUCAAGUUCAGCGUCGGCGGCGCGGCGCGCGUCGAGUCCAGUACCAUAUAUUGGGGCUGCUACGACGCCUACGCCAAGUCGGUGUGCGGCUCUGUCGAAAAGCUGCUGGUGCGCGCCCAUAAAACGACCAAUGACGAGACGGCGUCGCCGGCGCGCUGGGGCCACGCCGACGCCGCCGACGCGCUCGGGCCGGACGAGCGGUCCGUCCGGAGCGUUUCAUUCGACGCCGUGGAGGCUCGUCAAAAGUGCGGCGGCGAUGACGUCUGGGUCGUGGCGGGCGUGCGCGUCGACGGCGCCUGGGGCCGGGCGCCCCCGGGCGCGCGGCCGGCGGGCUUCCCGCCCCAGACGCACCUCGCGCGCGCGCGCACGGACGCCGGCUGGCGCAAGCUGGGCGCAAACGGAAGGGCUGUUGUGGGACGUACGGAGUGGUUCACGGACGUGCUCGUCGUGUCGCCGCGCCAGCGCCGCCGCCGCGCCGGCCGCCGGCCGCGGCUGUUCUUCGGAUGA